AUGGCGGUUCGAGUGCUGGUUCAGUACGUGGUGCUCAGGGGGGACCCCUCGUGGCCUUUGGGUGCCUCGGUGGCACAGGCCUGCCACGCGGCCCUGGCCGUGGUGCACGCGCACGAGCACCCGGACAUGGCGGCCUACCUGGCCCAGGUCAGCAUGAGGACCAUCAUGCUCGAGGCCCCGGAUGAGUGUGCAUUGACUGCAUCAGCAGAGGCACUGCAGCAAAACAACAUCGGUCACAAAGUGUGGACUGAACAGCCAGAGAACAUUGCCACUUGCAUUGCCCUUCGCCCAUACCCUAAGGAGCACGUACACCAGUACCUGAAGAAAUUCAAACUGCAGAAAUGAUCUUAUAUAUUUCUGGCCCUAUUCAGGACUGGCCAAGAAAAUCCAGUUCUCAGGUAGGCGCUUGUGGCCAAGAGUUUGUGGACAAUUUGCAGUACCAUAGUGAAGUGCAAUAACUGAAUCAGGAACCAACUUUUCAUUGCAUGUUGCUGGUAAUUGUGCUAUUUCAACUGAUGUGCUUCUCUGCAGAUGA